AAUUGUAAUGAGAAGAGGCAAAAAGUCCAUAUAUCCGUUAACAAAAUUUUCCUCUUUCCAUUCAAAAUUUCAAUCUUCGAACGGCUCUCUGCCCUAAUAACAAUUAACGACCAAUACCUGAAAUCCCAAGCCCUCAAAUCCAAUACUCUCUCUCUCUCUCUUUCUCCCGUUAGCUUCUACUGCCCAUUACUGCUUCCAAAAACCACUUCUCGGGAACCAUUUCUGCUUUCAAGAAUCCACAAGUGUUAUCUUUCCACUAAAUGGGCUCAUCAGGGAAAUGGCUCAAGUCGCUAAUCACUCUCAAAAAGCUCCCAUCAACCGACCUUGAAAAACAGAGGGACAACAAGGGCAAGAAGAAAUGGAAGCUAUGGAGGAGCUCAUCGGAGGGGUUCGGACCAUCCUCAUCGAAGGAAUUGAAAAGGGUCCAUGUAGCAUCGUUGGAGUCCUCCAUGGUCCUCGAUCAUGCGUUCGCUGCUGCCAUGGCUACUGUUGCCAGAGCUCCGCCGAGAGAUUUCCUGGUCGUCAAACAAGAAUGGGCGGCAAUCCGGAUCCAAACCGCUUUUCGAGGCUUGUUGGCAAGGCGGGCAUUGAGGGCCUUGAAAGCAGUGGUGAGGAUCCAAGCUAUAUUUCGUGGUCGGCAGGUAAGAAAGCAGGCUGCCGUGACACUAAGGGGCAUGCAAGCUCUUGUCAGGGUUCAGGCUCGAGUGAGGGCACAGGGUGCCAGAAUGUCUUCAGAAGGCCAAGCUGUGCAGAAAUUAUUGGGUGAACACCACAUGGCUGAUCCCACCAAGCAGGCUGAGCGAGGAUGGUGUGAUUGUCUUGGAACUGUGGAUGAAGUUAGAGGAAAGUUACAAAUGAGGCAAGAAGGAGUCAUCAAGAGAGAGAGAGCAAUUGCAUACUCCUCUCAACAGCAAUCAAGAUCAUGUGCAAGCCCAGCUAGAAGAACAAACAAGUCAGCAUCAUCUGUCAAGAAUCAAAGGCUGGAUGACAGCAGCCUGGGAUGGAGCUGGCUAGAUCGGUGGAUGGCCGCCAAGCCAUGGGAAAACCGACUGAUGGAAGAAAUUCAUACUGAAUCAGAGAUUCCAUUUUCCAGGAAAAGUGAAGAUAACAUUGCCAGUAUUUAUUCAUAUUCAUCAACAAAUGACUCAGUAAAAGUGAGAAAAAACAAUGCAUCAACAAGAAUUUUUCCUAAACGUCUUGUGGUCAGACAAAUGACCUGCUCGUCUUCUGCACCAAGUUCUGAAUCCCACCAUGAUGAGAGCUCGGAGUGUACUUCAUCUACAACUGUUUCUCCAAUUUCAUUGUCUAGCAACACACUCGUGGUGGACAAAGUAGAUGAGAGUUAUAAUCGAAAUCCAAGUUACAUGUAUUUCACAGAGUAGACUAAGGCCAAGCAAAAAGUUUGCAAACAUAUUUCUGCUCAUAAUAUGCGAAGGAAUAAAGUGGAGGAUCAGUUUCAUGUGUUAUGAAUGCCACUUUCCAAUGGAGAUGCCAAGAGUUGUACUGGUUCCAAUCAUUCAUUUAAUUUUUGCAGGGAUGAUGAGCUGAGAAUUCAACAACAAUAACUGCACACUUCCUUGAUGAGUUCAACUGCUUGUUGCCCUUAACAAUUCUGAAGCCAUUCAAGUGGCAGAACAAGUGUCAAAACUCUAUAUAUAUACUUGCGAUUGUAGAGUAGAAACCUGCAAUUUCGGAUAUGCUGUCUUGUGUCUACCAACUUCAUCUCAGGGAGACAAAGAUGGAUUUUUGAACCAAAGAAACCUGCAAUUAGGAAUUGAAUGUUUCAAUGAUUUUAAGUUUGUAAUUUCUAUGAUUAAAUCAAAGUCGAAAAGCGAUCUUUAUUUUGGUUUUCUGUAAUUGCUGAUAUGGUUUAUUAAAAAGGAGUUCCUUAUUGCUGCCUGUUAGGAUUGUUCCAUUAUCAUAGGGAUUACUCGGUAGCAGCCAGUUGUAUGAUCUGAAAUCAUGAUUCUUUUUCAAUUCAAAAAUGGGAAUUGAUAUGAGUAUUAAAUAAACA